UUCAAACAGGUUGUAGUUGAGUGAUUUCAAUGGUUUGUGAGAUGGAAGACGAUCAAAUCGAAGACAUGGAUGUCGAAGUCCUUUCUUCGAUGUGGCCUGAAGACAUAGAGCACGAAGCUGGAAAGCAGUUUAAAGUAGAAAAGCCAAGAGGUGACCAAGAUAUGUUGGAGGAGGUAACAAUUGUGGGCGAGCCAACUAUAGUUGAUUUCCAACAUCUUAUAGAGCUAACUAAUUAUACUGACAAGGGCUCGUCUCAGUUAGCAUACCUUGUAAAACACUGGGAAUAUAAGCAAACGAACGCUGUUCGUCUUCUUAGAGAAGAAAUUGACAAUCUAAGCAGACAAAGGCAGGAAUCUGAGCUUAAGAAAUUGGAGAUAUUGGAGGAACAUCGUUUCGAGGAGGAAAGGUACGGAGGAGAUAAACGCUCGAUUUCCAUACUGGAUGGCAUUUAUGAUAUAUGGCAAGACGUUCCUCGGAGAAAAAAUAAAAUUGUGGUUCCAAGUAAAAGAGUUGAAAUUGAUGCCGAGUAUGAUACUGUCAUAUACUGGAAACAGAGAGCCAUGCAUUUGGAGAAAAUGUUGGAAGCCAGCAUGCAGAGAGAGCAACUACUGAAGGAAAAAUUGCAGGAAAGCAUAAAAAAUCUGGAAAAGCAGUCCUCGCCAGUAGAAGAGUUGUCCCAGAUUCUCAAAAGAGCAGAUAAUUUUUUACAUUUUGUACUUCAAACUGCACCAGUUGUGUUUGGACAUCAGGAUAAAGAGCUGCGUUAUCGCUUUAUUUAUAACCAUUUUCCAAGUUUGCAAGAGGAGGACAUUCUAGGAAAAACGGAUGUGGAAAUUUUUACCGGAUCUGGUGUUAAGGAGUCUCAGGAUUUUAAAAAGGAAGUGCUGGAUAAAGGGUUACCUGCAAAAAGAGAAAUCACGUUCGAGACAGAACUAUUUGGGUCAAAGACAUUUUUGAUAUAUGUGGAACCUGUUUUUAGCAAGGCAGGGGAGACUAUUGGUAUAAAUUAUAUGGGUAUGGAUAUAACAGAUCAGGUAAGGAAAAGAGAAAAGAUGAUAAAGCUUCGAGAGGAGAUUGCAGUACAAAAGGCGAAGGAAACAGAACUCAAUAGAACCAUACAUAUAACAGAGGAGACAAUGCGUGCAAAACAGAUGCUGGCAACCAUGUCUCAUGAGAUAAGAUCUCCUCUAUCUGGGGUUGUUAGCAUGGCUGAGAUCCUGGCCACAACGAAACUUGAUCGAGAGCAAAAACAGUUGUUAAAUGUCAUGUUAUCUUCAGGAGAUUUGGUCCUUCAACUCAUAAAUGACAUCCUUGAUCUUUCCAAGGUUGAAUCAGGUGUCAUGAAGUUGGAAUAUACAAAAUUCCGACCAAGAGAGGUGGUAAAGCAUGUUCUCCAGACAGCUGCAGCAUCAUUGCAAAAGAUUCUUACCUUGGAAGGAAAUGUUGCAGAUGAUGUUCCUAUUGAGGUCAUAGGUGAUGUGCUAAGAAUUCGACAAAUUCUCACCAACUUGAUCAGCAAUGCGAUCAAAUUUACACACGAAGGGAGGGUAGGAGUAAAACUUUAUGUAGUACCAGAACCGCCUUUUGCAAAAGAAACAUCUCAGCGUGUAUCUGAUGGAUCAACUGCUAAUCAAUCCACAACAAACGUAGCCAAAGAAGAGACGUGUACAUCGAUGUCUCAAACUAGCAGUGAUCAGAGAGGAUAUCAUGGUAAGAAACACGAAGGUUCUUGCCAAAACCAUUCACAAAGUGAACCUGGAACUCCAGUAAGGAAUGGAACAAUAGAUGCAACUGAGGAACAAGAAGAACUACCUGAAACAACAGUGUGGAUACGCUGUGACGUAUAUGACACGGGGAUUGGAAUACCAGAAAAUGCUUUACCUACACUCUUUAAGAAGUACAUGCAAGUCAGUGCCGAUCAUGCCCGAAAGUAUGGUGGAACAGGACUGGGGCUUGCAAUAUGUAAACAGCUGGUUGAGCUAAUGGGCGGCCGUCUUACGGUGUCUAGCCGAGUGCAUUGUGGUUCAACAUUUACGUUUAUCCUACCUUACAAGGUUUCUCUAUCAUGUGAUCAUUCUGAUGACCCUGAUGUCCUACCAGAUAUGGAUGAUCAUGGUGCUAUAAAUGAUGAUGCAACGGCUGGUGUUUUCCAAUUCCAGCCACGUACUUUGGGUUCUCUUUUUUGUUCUACUGGAACUAGCAGAACCCAAAAAUUAUUACCACAUAAUAUUGGCUAUGCAAGUUCAUAUAAACUUAAUGUGUUGUCAGAGACUUGUUAUUCAUUCCCCACGAGUAAUGGUCGAACAAAGGAGAUGGAUUUAGUUGAAGAUGCUUGUUCUGUGGCUGAAGCUGUUGAGAUAUCAUCUGAUCCUGAAAGUUCAUUUAGCCAUAGCCCAGACCGCGAAAAUCGAAGUGCGAUUUGCAGAGACAAACAUCAUCAAAAUGAUGUAGAUGCCGAGAACAAAGCUUCUACCAGAGAUGUCUCGGGCUGCUCUGACACAAGCAGAGAUAUGGAUGUGAAAAUGAAGAUAAGUGAGCCUCAGCUACCACCUAAGAGGCAGGAAAGAUCUGACAGCAGUUCUCAGCCCACAAUUAACAGACGUCAAGAAGUAUCAGAUUCUGUAUCAAAGCCUAAGAUCCUACUGGUGGAAGAUAACAAGAUUAACGUAAUGGUGACGAAGAACAUGAUGAAGCAGUUGGGCCACACAAUAGAUGUUGUGAACAAUGGUGUCGAAGCCGUCCAUGCAGUUCAGUGCCAUAGUUAUGAUCUCGUCCUGAUGGAUGUGUGCAUGCCAGUCAUGGAUGGCCUUCAAGCAACGAGAUUGAUUCGUUCCUUCGAAGAAACCGGUAAUUGGGAUGCAGCAAUGAAUGCAGGGGUAGAACAACCUUUGCCUUCCGAUUCAUCUCAACAAGAUUGUACACCUCCAAAGCGUAUCCCCAUAAUUGCAAUGACUGCAAAUGCAUUGUCAGAGAGUGCUGACGAGUGUUUUGCAAACGGCAUGGACUCGUUUGUAUCGAAGCCUGUAACUUUCCAAAAACUGAAAGAGUGUCUCGAACAAUAUUUGCCAUGAUGGAUUCCUCCUUGUAAAUUAACGCCACGUGUAUAUAAAAAUGACAGUAUGUUAGGAAAGUUUUGUCCAAGUAU